UUAUACCAAAACCCUUUGAACAUGUCUCACACAAAUUCUAAUCUACUACUUAUAUAUACAUUAUAACAUAAAUACACACCCUCAAUUUGCUAAAUAGCUAACCCCACCAAAUAAACAUGACAAAGCCUUCAAACUUUCUCCAAAAGCCAUCUCCCAUAAUUGUACAAAGACAAGAGAACAAGAAGAUGAUGUGCUUAGAUGAGCAACUACAAAGACAAUUAUCCAAUAUCUCAAAUGAAGAUUACCAUGGAAACAAAUUUGCAUCAAUUCCAUUUGUAUGGGAAUCUCAACCAGGUACACCUAAACAUAGAUCAAACCAAAAUUCACUCCCUCCUCUCACCCCACCACCAUCUUAUUUCCAAAAUGCAAACAAAAAACCAAUAACCAAAGCCAAAAAGAACUUUUUUUUACAAUCACUAUUCCACAAGCGUACUACAAAAAAGGAUUGUGUUCUUGAUCGGUCCCCCGCGGCGUCAUCAACUUUUGUCUCCUAUUCUUCAUCAUCAUCGUCGUCAUCUUUGUCAGUGUCCUCACCGCGGCCAACAUCAUAUUCAGUGCCAUCUUCUCCGAUGAUACACUCGAGGAAAGGUGAAAAUGAAGAUCUUUACGAUGUUACUAGCUCUAGUGUGUGUUUUGGUAAUGUAAGAUCAAGAGGGAGUUAUUCAUCCAUGUUCAAGAAGGUAUUGCUUGGAGAUUUUAUGUGAUGUUUAGAUCAUGGUACUUUUCUCUAUGGUUAUGGUUAAGGUUAACUAAUAAUAAGCGAUGCUAUAGCUAGAAUUGGAAAGAUUGUAUAUGCCAAACUUAUAGUAAGCAUCAUAUAUAUUUUUCAAACUUGAUUACAAUAAGUUUGAUUCCUUUCCUUCUUCCGAUUUAGAUUUUUGAAUCGAGCCUAAACCAAUUAAUAAUUAUGAAGGGUGAUGUAUAGUCCUCGUUAAAUAUACUAUAGUAUAUCAAUUUCAUCCGGCCAAUUCAGUUUAAAACAAAAAAGAAAGUAUGAAUAUUCAUCAUACAUUUUUGCGCUUUGGUUUGCAUUUUUUGUUGUAAUAUUUGAUUUAACAAAAAUGAAAAAUAAAAAGGUCCAUAAGAUUUAUAUGUA